AUGGCAUCGUCGCGGGUGAUGGCCGCGUCGUCGCAGCCGCCGCCGUCCGGCUCCUCCGAUCUCGCGCGCUUCCGGAGCGCCAGCGGCAUCGGAUCCAUGAACAUGGACGACAUCCUCCGCAACAUAUACGGCGAGGCGCCCCCGUCCGGCGCCGGCGCCCCGGCGGACCCCGCCCCCGCGCCGGAGGCCGCCGCCCGCCGGACGGCUGAGGAGGUCUGGAAGGAGAUCUCGGCCACCGGGGGCCUCUCCGCCCCCGCCCCCGCCACCGCCCCCGCCGGCGCCGGAGGCGGCGAGGCGGGCGGCGCGGCCGUGAUGACCCUGGAGGAUUUCCUCGCCAGGGAGGACGACGGUAGGGUUACGGCGGUGGAGGGGAACAUGGCGGUAGGGUUCCCCGAUGUGGGGGCGGAUGUGGGGGCGGGUGUGGCCGGAGGGCGACGACGAGGUGGCGGUGCCGGCGGCGCCGGAAGGGCGAGGAAGAGGGCGCUGAUGGAUCCCAUGGACCGCGCCGCGACGCAGCGGCAGAAGCGCAUGAUCAAGAACCGCGAAUCUGCGGCCAGGUCCAGGGAGAGGAAGCAGGCUUACAUCGCAGAACUGGAGGCACAGGUCACACAGCUUGAGGAGGAACAUGCCGAACUGCUUAGAGAACAGGAGGAGCAAAACGAGAAGAGGCUUAACGAGCUCAAGGAACAAGCAUUCCAAGUCGUCGUAAGGAAAAAACCAUCGCAAGAUCUUAGAAGGACCAACUCGAUGGAAUGGUAG